AUGACUUGGGAGGUUGGAUGGUUUGGUUUAAUGAAAGAACAAAAACGUCAAGACCAGGACCACAGCCAUCACAAGACGAAAGGAAUCUCACAGCCAUCCAAGCGACUUCGGAUUGGACAUUGUGGAACGUUGGACAUGAACGCCUCAGGUGUCUUGGUGGUUGGAGUUGGGACAGUCAUGGCACACGCUGUGCAGGAGAGGUGGCUGCCGAAGCCAAUAAUGGUAUAUGUGGUGUUGGAGCAGCCCCCGAGGCAAGCAUUGGAGAUCACUACGGACAUCCGUGAUGGUUGCAUUGAUAAUUUCAUCGGGACAUCCAGUGCAGCCCCACUAGCAGCAGACCAGUGUUCUCACUAUCACGAAAAUCUCCUACCAAGCCCCCUGCGUGGCGACGUCUCCCUGACGAUCUGGUCCCCGCAGGGCACCCCCUCCGAGCUCCUCUCGACCCGCAAGAACGACAACACCACUCAGUCAGUGGACGAGUUUCCUUUCAAGUCGGUACGGAACUGGGGCGAGAACCCAAACGGGGUGUGGCACCUGGAGGUAGAGCAUCACCACACCCCACCGGGGGUCCAGUCGCAGGAGGAGGACCUUCCUGAUAUUCCGAGGGGAAGUAGUAAGGUGGCUCGAUUCACCAGCUUCCAGCUGGUGUUGUACGGGACUAAUGAUGAUGCUGACCUGACAACAACUAACGAGGAAAACCCAGCCGUGAACCCUGAUCUUUCAGGACAUAUUGAAGACAAAGUGGUCGUUGACCUUUAUAACAAAGAGCAGCUAGAUGAUGAAGAGAUCAUUAUUGACAAGGAUAAUUUAGCCAAAGGAGUAGAAGCACCUCCAAAUACAAAACACAACUUGGACGAUGAGGAUUAUCGCACCAUCAUAGACACCCCUAUGGACUUGAACACAGUCCGAGAGCAACUUGAAGGAAUGAUCUACCAAGACCCCAUGGAGUUCUGUAAAGACGUACGCCUCGUCUUCACCAACUCAAAAAGCUACACCCCAAACAAAAAAUCUAAGAUCUAUUCCAUGACGUUACGUUUAUCAGCACUCAGCUCUCAGCAUUAUGUUUAAAUGAUUAGACGUUUUAUCCAUUGGCAUGCCAGUCACUCUGGGUUUGCACUGUUUUCAUCAUUUAUUGAUAAAUAUUUUAGCUUUUCAUUUGUGUGUUUUCAUUGCUUGAUUCUAUAUGUUUGUAUACUAUUGAUUGUUUUUGUGUCUUAACAAGUCUUUUAUGUGUGUCUUGAUACUGGCAAUGAUUAUGCUUUUAAUUGUUUUUCAGUUUUCAAAAAAAUUAAUAUCCAUGACUUGUUACUAUUAUGUUUACAUUAACAUUUCCUUUCCAUUCCUCGCCCAUCCACCGAAGCCUCGUCCUCUAACAGCGAAGCCUCGUCAUCUCACAGCGAAGAAGACAAGGAGACAGAGAGCCCUACUCGUGCGGGGCCAUCCAGGGUGGGGCCAUCCAGGGCAGGGUCAUCCAGGGCGGGGUCAUCUAGGGCGGGGCCAUCCAGAGAGAACUCAGCCAGCGUCGCCAGACCUAGUACUUCAAGACAGUUAAAUGCCAAAGAAAGUCCAACCAGUACCAGACUAAGCGCCAAGAACAUUCCGUCCAAGAGUAAAAACUCAGCUGCAUUACAUGGUGUGGUCUAUCAUUCAUACCUGCGUCUCAACUCUCACAAGAAUGUUGAAGGUCGUCAGGAGGUCGUCGACCAGAAAGACCUAGGACCACUGAUUGACAGGGCAUGUGCCAAGUGCCGUCACGAUGGACUU